AUGUCUGCGGUCGUAUGCUCUGUUCUUCUGCCGAAGCUCAGCUCCGUCAAACCCUCGUCGUUAGCUGAGCGCUCAAUCGGCAGCUAUCGCUUCAAGGUCACUGCCUCUGCGGCGGCCUCCUCGCGCUGGUCGCUCGAAGGUUCUGCCGCCCUCGUUACCGGCGGCACCAGAGGCAUUGGGCAUGCCACUGUAAAGGAGUUGGCAGGGCUUGGGGCUGCCGUGCAUACUUGUGCAAGAGACAAAGAUGAGUUGGAGAAAUGUUUGAGGAGUUGGGAGGCUGAGGGUUUUAGGGUCACUGUUUCACAGUGUGAUGUAUCCUCUUAUGCAGACCGUGAAAAGUUACUGGAUUCUGUAUCCUCUGUAUUCAGUGGGAAGCUCAACAUUCUCGUGAACAAUGUUGGGACAAACAUUCGCAAGCCUAUGGUUGAUUUUACACGCCAAGAGUUUUCCACUCUAAUGGGAACAAAUUUCGAAUCUGCGUUUCACAUGUGCCAACUUGCAUACCCUCUUUUGAAAGCCUCGGGCGCAGGCAGCACAGUGUUCACCUCUUCAGUCUCUGGUUUUGUAUCAUUAAAGAAUAUGUCUGUCCAUGGAGCAUCCAAAGGGGCCAUCAAUCAACUUACCAGAAAUUUAGCAUGCGAGUGGGCAUCGGAUGGCAUCAGGGUUAAUGCUGUGGCACCAUGGUAUAUCAAAACCUCCAUGGUCAAACAAGUACUGAGCAAUGAGGAAUACUUGGAGCAAGUAUACGACAGAACUCCAAUGCGACGACUUGGAGAUCCAGCAGAAGUGUCAUCUGUAGUGGCAUUCCUUUGUUUGCCUGCUUCGUCGUUCAUCACUGGUCAAGUCAUCUGUGUUGAUGGUGGGAUGUCUGUAAAUGGUUUCCAUCCGACUGACUGAGAGAGGUGCGAUCGAUCUUUAAACCUCGACCCAAGUUUAGUAUAAAAUCCAGUACUCUAGAGGUGAUGAUCAAACCAAACCUUGGUCUAAAGCAAGAUUUAACUCACUUCAUUGCUUGUUUUUCUAAUUGUGCUGCAGACGUGACUGAUUCUGUGUUGUAUCAAAACAAAACUUUUUAAAAGUUCUUCAUUUUG